GUGGAAGUGUUGUAUUUUGCAGAAAGUGCUGAAAUAACAGGAGUUCGCUCAGAGACCAUUUCUGUGCCACAAGAAAUAAAAGCAUUGCAGCUGUGGAAUGAGAUAGAAACGCACCAUCCUGGAUUGGCUGACGUCAGAAAUCAGGUGAUAUUUGCUGUUCGUCAAGAAUAUGUCGAGCUUGGAGAUCAGCUCCUCCUGCUUCAGUCAGGAGACGAAAUUGCCAUUAUCCCCCCCAUUAGUGGAGGAUAGUGCUUUUGAGCCACCUGGGAAAGAUAUAAAUGAAGUUGAAGAGAAAUCAAAAGAUAUAAUAAAAUUCACAUCUGAGCAACUUUCAGUAGAUGAAGUCUCACAGCUGGUGAUUUCUCCAUUCUGUGGUGCAAUAUCCCUAUUUGUAGGAACUACAAGGAAUAACUUCGAAGGGAAAAAAGUCAUUAGCUUAGAGUAUGAAGCAUAUCUACCAAUGGCAGAAAAUGAAGUCAGAAAAAUUUGUAGUGACAUUAGACAGAAAUGGCCAGUCAAACACAUAGCAGUGUUCCAUCGGCUUGGCUUAGUUCCAGUGUCAGAAGCAAGCAUUAUCAUUGCUGUGUCCUCAGCCCAUAGGACUGCAUCCCUCGAAGCUGUGAGCUAUGCCAUUGAUACUUUAAAAGCCAAGGUGCCCAUAUGGAAAAAGGAAAUGUAUGAAGAAUCAUCAUCAUCUUGGAAAAGAAACAAAGAAUGCUUUUGGGCAACCGAUGAUUAAACCACUUAGGUUUUUAGAGUCUUAGAAUUUGAACUUGAGUUGUAUUUUAAUGUACGAAGCAUACCAGAUACGCUUACUGGUGGUGGUUCUGCAAUCAGCUGCCCUUAUGAUGUGCUUCACCAGAACUGAGAUGGGCCAAACUGAGGAAGGCACGUGGGAGUUCACCUGGUAGGAAUCGGAGGUGUUUGUGCAUAGGUGUGAAAGGUGACACGUACCCAGCAACCUUUGCACUGAUGUGCCAGCUAUAGAAUGAGGGCCAGUCUACGAGCCUGAUAUGUAUCUUGUUUUAUAAUUUCAGCACGUUCAUCUCAGCAUAUUUAAUCCUUCAGAUAUAAACCCUCUAGCUCACUAUUAAAAUUUUUUUAAAAACUAUGCAGGUGACUACUCAUAUAGGCUGCAGCGGUUUGACCGAUUUUUUUUUUCUAUACCAAUCACAUAUUUAUAUCUAGAGGUAAGUUGUGCUUUAGAGUAGUGUUUCUCAAACUUUAACAUAAUAUGAAUCAUCUGGUGAUCUUAAACUUCCAGUUGGAAUUCAGUUCUGUGUGGCAGCUGAGAUCUGCAUUUUGUAACAGCCUCCAGGUGAUGCAGCGCUGCCUACCCAUCGACCACAUUGUGAGGAGCAAGCCUUUACACCUAGUCUCUAAGCUAUGAAGGCGGUUUAAGGUUCCUGCAAAAGCAUCCUUGUGGCCACUGCUACUGGCGGAAGAGGUUAGAUACAUCCUCACUCUUCUACUGAGUCUUGAAUGUGUUCUGAAGCACAGUGAGUGCAUAAGAUAAAUACAGUGAAAUACGUUAAGUCGUAAAAUUCAAAUUCCAAAGUAUAGCUUUAUUUUCAAAAUGAUUUUAAUUGUAUUCAGUAAUGUGGUAUUUAAAGAGGGAUUUACAAUUAAAUAAUAACUUUUCUGUUUGAUUCUUAUACUUUAAUAGGAGAAAAGCUCUUAACUAAUGUUGAUUACUGCUCCAAUUUGAUCUUUUGCUUCUCAAAAAUCAAACGAAUUGUGAAACUUCAUAUACAAACAUGCAUAUUCAUUUUUAUAUUUUUGGUGGAGAGAAAAAAAGACAAAACCCAGUUUAUCAAAAAAGCAAAUAUACUUAACAAAGAUUUAUACAUUAUGUGUGAAGGAAACUAUCCUAGACAAUUUGUCUUUAAAAAAAUAAUACAAUUUAACAUAGUUGUGCAAUAUAUACAUUUACAUUUUGACUUUAUCUGCCAAAAUAAAUCAGGUACGAAUGAAACCAUUUUUUAAUAUUUACAUAAUAGCUACAUUUUCAUUCUUUAAGGUUCAAAGAAAUAGUUAAUAUUUUUGUUUCAAACUUUACCCCCAUGUAUACCUUUUACCUCUAGAGGUCUAGUCUUUCGAAUUGAUUGAAAUGAUUAUGCGUUAAUGAGGGCAUAGUCCUAAGAGCUGUGUAUAUAAUUAUUUUCUGUGUGCAAAUUGUAUUAAUGAUGGACCAGGGAGCUCAGUUUGAGGAAUCCUGUUUAAUGCUUUCUGCUUAAUGAUGUCUUAAUUUAUGGGACUGUCAUAUUACAUUAUAGCUGUAUAUCAGAAUAGAUUAUAAAAUUAUACCUUCUAUAAUAACUUGUAGUAUAAUCACUUGUGUGAUUAUGAUAAAUUGGUUUUAGUUUUUUCACAUUUAAUAACUUUUACUAUUUUAUAAAAAUAGCACAGCCAGCUAGGAAUCUGUCCAGUUCUCAUUUUGCUGCUAAAAUGGACAAUGCACAAAUUCAAAUCUCAAUGCAAUUUUUUCACAGGCUGUUUCUACUUUAGUAUUUUGUAAGGCUUGUGUGGCAGCCAUGCAUGAAGCAACUCAAUUCUUAUCACAUUCUAUACAUAUUGUCUAUACACCAUUUAUGAAAUGGAAACUUUGAAAGAUGACAUCUUUUAAGCCCCAUAUUCUACUUACUUUUAAAAUAAAAGUAUGGCUGAAUAGGAAUACAGAGCUUUUUUUCUCAAUUUUUUAAUUUCUUGGAUGAAUACUCAACCUUUGCUUAAAAGUGCUUGAGAAAUACUCCUCACUAGAGCCUCUGCCUCAAAUCUGUGAUCUGGUAACAGAAGUUGUAUAUUUAGGCCACUUGCUUAGUGCAGUGGUUCUCAGUCGGGGUGAUUUUGCCUUCCAGGAGGCGUUAGCCAAUGUCUGGGGACACUUUUUGAUCACCACGAUGAGUGGGAGAGGGAGCGUCUGGUAUUCGUAGGUAGAGGCCACAGCCAGAGGCCAGGGAUGCUGCUGACCAUCCCACAAUGCACAGGUCAGGCCCCCCGCAAGAAAGAAUUACCUGGCUCCAAAUGUCAGUAGUGCCCAGGCUGAGAAACCCUGCCCCAGUGUGAUCAAUGGUGCAGAGACAAAUGGCUAAUUUUUUAGUUUAUAGUAAUCCAACUCCUUCGUGGACACAGUGCCGUCAAGGCGGUUCAUCCAAGGCAAGGCUUGCCAGAGCUCGCAAGCUCCCUGUGAGUGUGUGACCUCAGAUUAGGGUUUAUCAUCUAAGGAAGGGGAGGCAGAGUAAAACAAAAGGAUGACUUCCAAUGUUCUCAGUAUAUUACAUCAAAAAACUAGUAAAUAUAUACAGCAGUUACCCAGUUUAUUAAAUAGUCUUUAUCAACUUGACCAGUUUCCCCUCCAUUUUUUUAAAACAAUUUUUCUUGGAAUGAAACAGUGUUUGAAUCCAGCUGUUAAGAGAAUUGGGCUCUAGCGCAUGUAACUAGAGAAUACCAUGCUGUUUUUGCUGUAAACUCCUGAUGUUUUAUUUCUAAUUGUGUUUUUCCCCCCUUUGUCAGAUGCAAAAUAAAUUCUGUAAUUGUGCAGACAGCCCUACACUGCCAUCACAGGCACCCAUGGGCAAA